AUGGGUGCCACCCAGAGACUGGCCACGGCAGCCGUCGUCCUCCCACCGCUGGUCCUGGCUCUUGCCUCGCCUACAUGGGUGGUUGUCCUGGUGGCGGCCGCUGUGGCAGGCGCUGUUCUCGAGCUACUUGCCCUCCUCGCCCCACACCGGGUAUUGCCGAUGCCGGAGCCCGCGAGCACCGGGGCUGCCGAGGAGGCCCUGGCCGCAUGGCCUACGGCGGGACUUGCCAGCUUGGUUGUUGUCGCUGUGUGGGCCUACGACAUGGCUGCUGGCGCUGCUGCCGUGGCUCUCGCCGUCGCCGUCGUCCUCGUUCGCGCCGCCUCUGCCUGGGCUGCUCCGCCCCGCACCGGAUCGCGCGCGCGCAUGCACAUCCUCGUCUCUGCACUUGUUCACGUCCUGGCCCUGGUGUAUGUGGCGCUGCCGCUGGCUGUCGCCACACGUCUGCCGCGUCUUGGCGUCCCCGGCGCGCCUGCCGCCGACCCGGCCACUACCACAGGCGUCGUCGUCCUCUUUGCCGCGUGGAAUGUCGACAACGGUGGCCUCGUCGGCGGCAACAUCGCCUGGCCCUGGGCCAAGCACCCGCUGGCUCCGCGGCUCUCGCCAAAAAAGUCGUGGGAGGGCGUCAUCGUAGGUGGCCUCCUCUCGCUCGCCUCGCCGCUGCUCCUCGGCCUCCUCGCCGACGCCACCUGGCCGGACGCUUACCCGCGCGCCUUCCGUCUCCCGGCUUUGCACCAUCUCCCGCUUGGUGUACUCACCACACUGGCCAUGGUGUGUGGUGAUCUCGUUGAGUCGUUUCUCAAGCGCGCGGUCGGCGUCAAAGACUCGUCGUCGAUCUUUCCCGGCCAUGGCGGCGUGCUCGACAAAAUCGAUGGCCUACUCUUUGCUCUUCCGGCCGCCUACGGCAUGCUCCUUUUGCUAGGCCACAGAGAAGUGUAG